CCCCACUUCCACCCCAACACACAGACACAGCCGCUUUUGUUGGAACGGGAUCUGUUGGGACUGGACAUGAAUUCGGCGGAACAGACGGUUACGUGGUUGAUUACGCUCGGGGUGCUGGAAUCGCCAAAGAAGACCAUCUCGGAUCCGGAAGCGUUUCUGCAGACCUCCCUGAGAGAUGGGGUGGUGCUGUGCAGGCUGCUGGAGCGGCUCAGCCCGGGCUCCACGGAGAAAAUUUACCAAGAACCGAAGAACGACGGCGAGAGCCUGAGCAACAUAAAGGAGUUCCUCAAGGGCUGCGCGUCGUUCCGCGUCGAGCCGUUUGAGGCCACUGAUCUGCUGCUAGGACUCAACUUCUCCAAGGUGCUCAGCAGUCUGGUUUCCCUGAAUAAAGUGACCGCGGAUAUCGGCGUGGGCAGUGACUCUGUGUGCGCCCGGCACUCUUCAGCCCAUCGCAUUAAGUCUUUUGAGUCGCUGUCCUCUCAGGCUUCACUGGGCCGGUCUUCCAAGCUGCUGCAGAACCAGUUUCGCAGUCUGGACAUGUCAGAAAACAGCGGGCAGCAGCUGCUGGUGAGGGCGCGUUUCAACUUCCUGCAGAACAACGAAGAUGAGCUCACCUUCGACAAGGGUGACCUCAUCAGCGUGAUUCGCCAGGAGGAGGGCGGCUGGUGGGAGGGGGUAAUCAAUGGCAGGACUGGGUGGUUUCCUAGCAACUAUGUCCGUGAGGUCAAGGGUUCUGACAAACAAGUGUCCCCCAAGUCUGGCACUCUUAAGAGCCCCCCUAAAGGCUUUGACACAUCCGCCAUCAGCAAGACGUACUAUAACUUGGUGUUGCAGAACAUUUUAGAAACAGAGACAGAAUAUUCCAGAGACCUCCAGAGCCUCCUGACAAACUACCUUCGCCCCCUUCAGAGCAUUGAUAAACUGAGCAGCUCAGACGUGGCUCUGAUUCUCGGAAAUCUUGAGGAGAUCUGCACCUUCCAGCAGAUGCUCGUCCAAUCACUGGAGGAGUGCACCAAGCUUCCAGAGAGCCAGCAAAGAGUGGGAGGCUUCUUCCUCAACCUCAUGCCACAGAUGAAAGCUCUCUAUGUCGGAUACUGCGCCAACCAUCCGUCUGCAGUUAGUUUGCUUACCCAGCACAGUGAGGUGUUGGGGGAGUUUAUGGAGGGGCGAGGCGCCGUCCCUCCUGGGAUUCUCACCCUGACCACAGGCCUUAGCAAACCCUUCAUGAGACUCGACAAAUACCCCAACUUACUCAAAGAGCUUGAGAGGCACAUGGAGGAGAGUCACCCUGACAGGCCGGACAUUCUGAAGUGCAUGGCGUCUUUUAAAAAUUUGUCUGCUCAGUGCCAGGAGGUGCGGAAGCGUAAGGAGCUCGAGCUGCAGAUUCUCACAGAGUCCAUCCGGCUGUGGGAGGGGGAUGACAUCAAGACCCUUGGCUCUGUGCUUUACAUGAGCCAGGUCUUAGUGCAGAGUCCUGGAUCAGAGGAGAAGAGUGAGCGUUACCUCAUGCUCUUCCCUCACGUCCUCCUCAUGUUGUCUGCGAGCCCCAGGAUGAGUGGCUUCAUAUUCCAGGGAAAGUUGCCCCUGGCCAGCAUGACAGUGACCAAACUAGAAGACUGUGAAGCACAUAAAAAGGCCUUUGAGCUCAACGGUACACAGUUUGACCGUCUCCAGGUGGUGUGCACCAACCAUCAGGACCUGCAGGACUGGGUGGAACAUCUGACCAGACAGAUUCGACACACUGCAUCCAUAGGACCCAGCCACAAACCUCUCAAUGUUCCCUGCCACACGCUCCCGUCUCACCCUCUCACCCCGUCCCGGCAUUCUGAGGGGAGGGGCAUGACAGUGGCCCCCACGUACCACACCCUGCCUCACCCCUCCUCCCAUGGAACGUCUCACAGCACCAUGAUGUGGGGACCGCUGGAACCACCCAACACCCCCAAACCCUGGAGCCUGAGCUGCCUGCGGCCUGCCCCCCCUCUACGACCCUCUGCAGCCCUCUGCUACAAGGAGGAUCUUAGUAAAAGUCCCAAGAGCGUGAAGAAACUCCUUCCCAAGCGCAAGCCUGAGAGGAAACAGUCUGAGGAGGAAUUUGCCUUGAGGAAGAGUACUGCUGCGCUUGAAGAAGAUGCCCAGAUCCUAAAAGUUAUUGAAGCGUACUGCACCAGCGCAAAAACCAGACAGACUCUUAACUCCACCUGGCAAGGCACCGACCUGAUGCACAACCACGUGCUGGCCGACGUGGACCGGUCCUGCACGGACUCGCCGGGCCGCCGUAGCAGCGUGUCAAGGCCAGAAUUGUCCUCUGACCUUUCCGAGGACUCUGACUACGACUCCAUCUGGACCACCCACAGUUACAGGAUGGGUUCUGUGCCGCGUAAGAGCUGCAUCUCUCACCAGAACUAAAGAACGUACAGUACCGCCACGCUGCACCGAAAUGUAACGUACAGCGCGCUUACCUCUUUAACUGUUAAAUGUAUUGAAAGAAACUUGAUUUUUUUUUUAUUUAUCUAUUUAUUUUCUAUUAUACAUUUGUUAAUUCUUUUUUUAACUUAUUUGGUUUAUUUAUUUUUAGAUUGUUUUGUUUGAAGAUGGUUCAAGAAUAUCCCUGUUGCCUUUGCCACUUUCCCUUUUGCGUGCCUCCUCUCUUUGUGUAAUUGUCAUGCAGUAAUUGUUAAUUUAUCUUGAAUGUGACCGCUCCCCUUCUUUAAACCAUAAAUGUGGCGGACUCUCAGCAGGGUGCAGGGGGUGUGGAAUAUAGGGGAGGGAUAAAUAAUGGAGAGAGAGAUGGGGACUGAGCUUUUCCUGUCUGAUAUUCAGAUGUAAUUCAGGAACGACGAGUGUAUUCCAUUUAUCACGCACUACUUCCCUCCGGUACGUGUUUCAAGAGUAUGUACUCUCAAACAUAGCACAGAUGUCACACGCACAGGUUCAGGCACACAGGCCCCUGCUGCUGGCAAGAAAUAUCCAAAUUCUUAAUAACAUUGCUGUAUUGAUAAUUUUUAUCUUUAUUCAUGUUGCUAAGUAGGUUUUAAUUUAACAUACCAUGUGACCAAAACCAACUAAAUACUAAAAAAUAUUUUCAAAAUGUAACAGUAUCUGAACUGGACUAACGUGGUGAAUUUAAAUGGUCAGUUUAGCAAAUACAUUAUUACACAUAUCUAUAGUUGUUUUUAGCCAUUAAUGUAGUUUUAUUUGUCCAUUUUCUUUCAAAAAGAACCAGUGUGUCUUUCUGGAAUCGGCGUCUCCAUUAAUCAGAAUGAUCCAAAAAGCAUUUUUAUUCAAACUAGUUCCUUCUGCAGACACAGCUGUUAAAAACUUUACCAGCACAUCUGUCUUGAAGUUUAUUUUUUCUGUCCUGCGAGCUCCACAAACUGAAUUCCUUGUAAUGGCGUGGAUGUGAUAUUUCAGUCAGUAACCUGGACUGCUUUCUGUGUCACAGAAUGACCGUGUUUUGGUUGUGUUCUGUUUUUUGGCAAACUGACCCAUUAAGUCAUUCACUUUUAUGUCCUUAAAAUUGUCCUAAUAAGCCAAAUCUUCAAUUCAGUAAUGUUGCUGCCUGUCAGUGGAUCUACGCGGUAGCAUCUAUAUUUAAUUACAGUACAUUACAUUACAUGUCAUUUAGCUGACGCUUUUUUCCAAAGCGACUUACAUUGCAUUUCAACCCAUGGUUUACAUUUUGCCAAUUAGAAACCUCAAGUUAGUGCAUUGACAAAACGAUUCAUUUAAACCAGACAUAGCACACUGGCCUGACACAAAUAAUCUGUGCAAACUACUUUUAACUCCGCUACAGUGCUGUAAUACAAAUGCAAAAGCAGUUGUUUGAUUUCUUCUUCUAGUUAAAGGAAUAGUUUAGCUAGUUGAAAAGAGCCUGAUCAGAUCGUUCCACUUAAAACAAAGCUGGAGCUGGGAGCAGGUUAACGUAGCUCAGCAUUUAGAGUGAAAACAGCUGUGCUGAAUGCGUUCAGAUGCGAGUACCUCUAGAGCUCACUAUAUGCGCUGAACCUUUCUUAUCCCUGUACAUUCAAUGGUAAUAGUCCCAAGUAUAACCUGUUAAUCAGUGAGCUUUAGAAGUGCUCGUAAAUGGUUUUUCAAAUUUGUUUUUACCAUUGGACACGGCUAGCAGAAUCAAUCCUCCCGUCAAACUCAAAUCAGAAACGUAAAUAUUUCCCAAACUGUUGAACUGCUGUGGCCGUUACUAGGCACCAUUUGACCAGGUCAGCUUAACAUGGCGACAAACGGCCCUUGUGUCACAACACAACUUGCACCUAUGCUAGGGCCUCACAAGCCAGACAUGCCUUAUAGUGUUGUCCGGCUUGUGAGGUAAUGACUAUUUUUAUGAAGAAGUAUUUUUCCAGUGUUGGUAUUAAUAGUACAGGUUGGCAUCCACUUACAGUAGAGUCUAUCUCCUCUUACAGCAACCAAUGGGGUUGACAUAUGGAAUAUAUUGGUCCGUGUUACAGUAGUAUUUACUGUUUCUGUAAUAAUUCCUCUCUUGUGUUCAUUAUUUUUUUCAGGCGUUUUUAUUUAUUUAUUUAUUUUUCAUUUAUUUCUGUAUGUCAAUGUUUACAAAAUGAUCCCUGGAAGAAUCAUUUAUUUUCUAUUUUACAAUUUUAUUGCUCUGUAUCAAAGUUUACACGGAAAAUAUUAACAUGACGUGUUGAAAUUAUUUUGCACAAUCAUGUAAUGGGCCAAUGGGGGGUGGGAGAUCAAAUUGAAUAGUUAAUAUCUGUACUGUUGUCUACCUAGAGUGUGAAUGAUCUAGUCCUCAGAGUAUUCAGUGUUACUGUAAAGUACAUGCUCAUUCGUAGUGUAAAUGCAUUGAGGGUUAAAAAAUAAAAAAUAGAAAUAAGAGUCUGUGGUUAUACAGGAACAUUACUAUGUGAGCUAAUCUCAGAAUACUGUCAGAGUGGACUAAAAUACAAGAGCACAUAGUCUCCCUUUCUGUAAAUACUAGUUGUAACGGAGAUAGAAAAUAGAGUCCACCCUUCAGUGAGUAUUUGAGCUAAGAGUAUCACUGUCCUUAUAUCAUGUGCUAUUCUUUGUGACAGGUGUAUUCUGUGGUGUAAGAAGUCAAACGGGCAGGGGGACAAACUACCAGCUGUCUAUGACCAACAGUGUCCUCUGUGUGCUCUAAUGCUGUAUUCAGUUCACACAUGUGACCAUGUCUUAUCUGCAAACAGCGCCUUCAGUGUACUUGUUCUACUCUGCUGAAGUGUUGACGUCCCAAACCGCUGUAUCAUGAGUUUUGAAUAAAUCUGUCCUUUGAUAGAC